AUGGCAGACAACAUGAGUGAAGUACCGGUCGUAAACGCAACAGUUAAUGAAACAGCAGGAAAUGCUACCACUAAGAUUCCAGCUACUCCCGAAGGAAUGGCCGUGGCAUACGGGAGCCUGGUGAUAAUGGCGAUUUUGCCCAUUAUCAUCGGCUCUUUCCGUUCCGUGCGGUACCAUAAGGCACAGAAGGAGGCAGGUGAAAAACCAGAGACAAUGACCAGUAAGGAUGCUGCAAUGUUCCCCAUUAUAGCUAGUGGUACACUUUUUGGCAUCUACCUCAUAUUUCAGAUUUUCUCAAAAGAACACAUCAACUUACUUUUGACAGUGUACUUUUUCUUUCUUGGAGUGUUUGCAUUGGCACAUAUAAUUGGUCCAUUUGUAUCAAAGAUGUUGCCAGCUUCAUUCCCAAACAUGGAUUAUCAUCUCAUAUUCACACAAGGGAAGAAAGAGAAGAAAGAAGAUCUGAUGAAUUAUGAGUUUGACAGAAAAGAUCUGGUCUGUUUGGGGGUGUGUACAGCCAUUGGAAUCUGGUAUCUUGUCCAAAAACACUGGAUAGCCAACAACCUGUUUGGGUUUGCAUUUGCUGUCAAUGGUGUUGAAUUGCUGUCUCUCAACAGAGUCAGUACUGGAUGUAUUCUGCUGGGAGGACUCUUCAUAUAUGAUAUUUUCUGGGUAUUUGGAACUAAUGUCAUGGUUACCGUUGCCAAGUCCUUUGAAGCACCAAUCAAAUUGGUGUUCCCUCAAGACCUCCUAGAGAAUGGUCUAGGAGCCAGCAACUUUGCUAUGUUAGGUCUUGGUGAUAUAGUAAUACCAGGAAUCUUCAUAGCUCUUCUCCUUAGGUUUGAUAUGAGUCUGAAGAAGAACUCCAAGACAUAUUUCUAUGCUAGUUUUACUGCCUACCUACUGGGAUUGUUGUUAACCAUUUUUGUAAUGCAUUUCUUCAAGCAUGCUCAGCCGGCCCUGCUGUACCUUGUGCCUGCCUGUAUAGGUUUACCCCUUUUUGUAGCUUUAGUUAAGGGAGAGGUCAAACAGUUGUUCAAUUAUGAAGAUCAUUCAGAGGAAAAGAAGGCAGAUGAAAAGGAAAAAACAGCAACAAAAGAGGAAAAGAAAUUGAAAAAAGAGAAAUGAAGUUUCUCUCAUUCUUAGAUGUACAUUGAAUCAAACAAAAUGUUGUUAAACAUCUGGUAAUUUUGGCUGUAAACAAAAUUUUGCAUAUUUCAUUCACUGACAUUAUUGAAACUCCAUAAUUUACAAAAAAUAGUUGUACUUUUAAAAAUACAUAUGCCAAAGUUUCCAUGUUUACAGAGCUAAGUAAGAUCCUGUGAAACUGUUAAUUAAUUUGAUCUUGCAUCCUAUUGUUUGAUUUUGUAAGCAUGCUCUCUGUGUUUAAGAUAUAGGUAAAAAAAAUAGUUAAUAGAUUCAGAAAGUUUAUGCCUGUUAUUGAACAAUACACUGACAUUAAUGAUCUACAAAGAAGUGUUUCUUUUCUUGUUUAGGAUUUAUCAUCAAAUGAUAAAAAGUGUAAAGCUACAAAGAUCUGAAUGUAUCAGGAUUGUAUUUAAGUGUUUAACAAAUUACUGCUGACAGUUUAGGCAGGUGUUAGCUGCAUUUAUAUCAUUUGUAAAACUAAUAACGAGGUACAGACAGAGAUAAUGAUGUUGUUCAUGUUGUAUGGUGCUUUUAACUUUACAAGGAUAUACUGCCAUGAUGUAAGGUACAAAUUCUACUAGAAUUCACACUAGAAUAAAUCAUACGCCUACACAUAACUUGUUUCUAUCUAGAUGUGAUAGAUUUGAUCUAAAUACAGGUCGUAAUUAUGUUAUAAACUAUUGUAGACUUGUCAUUUUUCUAGUCGAUUAGUACAAAUGCAUGUUAUCUGUUGACAUGAAAUACAAUAUUUACUGAGGAGAUGUAGUAUAGAUUUAAGACAGGGCUGUGUACCUGGGUAAUACAUUUAUAUAGAUAUUGAUAAACACAUAUAUACUUGUCAGGAUGUUCAGCUUUCAAUUUAUGAAGAAUGAGAAUAUAACAAAUGGAAUUUUAAAAAGAGAAAUUAGGCUCCAUACUGGGGAUAAGUAGAUUUUAAAACUAAAAUUGACAGCAAAUUCUUUAUCCAUAUGAUAAUAUAGGCAAGAUAAAUUACACGUCCAUAUUCUAGAUCUGUCCUAAAUGCCACUUUUAUAUCAAGGCCACUUAUCCAUAAAGGCCACUUAUCUCUGCUCCUUAGAGUGGCCACUAUUGACUGCAUUAUGCUGCACACUUCAUUCUUUAAAGAUUAUCUUACUAAAAAUGAUCCAAACAUAUUUGUUCUCAUUAGAAUAUCCAGACACCUUCUUUGUUGACAAAAAUGGGUGAUUUUCAAAAAUGAAUUAUUGUCACAAAUUCUUAAUGAAAAAGAGAAGAUAAAUUUAGCCCUAUAAGAGUGGCUGGAUAGUGGGAAAUUGAGGAUGAUGCUGACUGGACACAAGAGCACCUGAAUGUUGUUUGACUGAUUUGUGGAACGCCCAGAGUAGCUGUGAUUGUGUAGUGAUGACUGGAUAACGUAGGCAGAUUAGUAACAGCUUAAGGGAACUUGUUUUAAUGCAGUUUUAAAUUUGUGAAUUAUAUGACAUAAACUGAGCUGUUUUUAUGAGACAGAUUAUAUGUUGAUAUAUUUUAGACAGUUCAUUUUUAUUGAUGGAUGUAGUUCCACUUAAAGUACACACAUUUCAACGCUAGCCAAAAUUAGGGUUUAAAGAUAUUCCUGGAAAAAUGCAUUUAUCAGUGUCUUGUUCAUGUAUUUUACUUUGAUUUUACUUAACAAGUUCAAGCUGGUACUGAUUCACUAGAUAUUUAGAAAUGACAUGUAGGGAGUUUUCUAAAUGACCAAAGUUGAUGUUGAUGUUGUUACAACUCUGAUAUAUCAUAUUGGUAACCAAUGUGUUCAUUUCCCAUCCUUCAAUUUACUUUUUCAUGUAGAAGAUUAGAUCUAGAUUUCAGAUUCAGGUUUUCUUAUUUCUUCAGUAUAAAACUAUUCCUGUACAGGUAACCUUUCAGCUGUGAUUGUUAGAUAUAUCUUAUGAAGUUCAAACAGCGCUAUUUUGUGGUGAAAUAUGUAGAGGCAUGCUCAUAACAUGGUUGUUAAUUGCAAAAUGAUGGGGGGAAAAACAUCUUCAGCUGUUGUUUUAUUCUGAUUUUUUUUUAUUUUCCCUUUUAAAUUAUUAACUCCUUCAUUUUAAGUUUUUAUUUAUGCCAAACAAUUGAUAGUAAUGUUGAAAUGUUAUUCUUUUUAAAUUUUCUUGCAUGUACAGUGAGUAACAGUUAUCUCUCUUUAAGCACAAAUUUAGUGUAUAUUUUAUCGAUUUGGUUAAGGGAUCAGUUGAGAGAAAAGACAAAGGUUAUAACCAAAAGAUGUUACAGAUGAGGCAAAGCAAUACCAGUGAUAAUUAAAAAAACUGCCAAGAAGAUCUUAAUUCUUACUGAUGUGUUUAAAACUAAAUAACUAAGUUUUCCAUUCAAGCAUUUUUUCUUGGAAUCAAACAUUACUAGCAUUACAUGUGAGGUAAAUAAUUUAUUGAUAAAUUCCCAACCUGGGGUUAUCAUGUAUUUGCCACUCCUAAAUAAUGUUUUAAAUUUCAUGUUUUAUGAUGCAUUGUAUGCUCCCAAGUUCCUGUAUAGAACCAAAGUGGAUGAAGUGGAUGAUUUGUAUAGCUAUAUAGGUAUUGUAAGCAUUAAAUCUAGGACUAAAUUGCCAACUAUCUUACAGGGUGAUUGAAAGAAUGAUAGGGUGUGGCGGGGGUGCGUCAGAUUGAGUUGUGUGUAAGGUAGGCUUCAGUGCAAGCUGCUAUGUUAAUGAUGCAAGUGAUGUAAAAAAAAAUUGUGAAUAAAUCUGCAUAGUCCAACAAAA